AUAAAAAUAAAACAUCAUCCUUCAAAAAUAGGUGUAGGCAUCACAACUUUCUUAAAAUCGAAAAUGAGAGCCCUAAAACCCAAUUUGUUUCCCAAAUUCAUCCAUAAAAGCUGAAACCAUUAAUUCUUUUGAAUCGAAGAAGAGGAGGAAGCCACUGCCACCUCUGCCACCACUACCACCACUGCAACCGCCGCGGCUAUUGAGGACUUACUCCUUUGAUCAUCAAGCCAGCUUCAUUCACUUGGUUGCAAGGAAGUGUGAAGAAGCUUGUGAAUCAUAUAGUGAAACAUGAGUAAUUCAUUGAGUAUAGAACCAUUUAACAGGUUGGUGAGGCUUACUGCCCGAGCUUUUUACGAUGACAUUUCCAUGAAGGGAGAUAAUCAACCAAAGACUAGUCGUAGUGAUAACCGAGGGAUGGCAGUGGUUAUUCUUGAUGCACUUACUAGACGUCAAUGGGUGAGAGAGGAAGAUCUAGCAAAGGAUUUAAAACUUCAUUUGAAGCAACUACGCCGGACAUUGCGUUUCUUUGAGGAAGAAAAGCUGGUCAUGCGUGAUCAUAGAAAAGAGACAGCAAAGGGUGUAAGACUACAUGCUGCGGCAGUUUCAGCCACCACUGAUGGUCAGCAUCAUGGAAGAGAGGGGGAAGAAAAGAUUAAGCUGCACACUCACUCAUACUGCUGUUUAGAUUAUGCACAGAUUUAUGAUGUUGUGAGGUAUAGAAUGCAUCGAAUGAAAAAAAAAUUGAAGGACGAGUUGGACAGCAAGAACACAAUUCAGGAGUAUAUAUGCCCCAACUGUAACAAAAGAUAUACUGCACUGGAUGCAGCAAGGCUUAUUUCCGACGAUGGUGAAAACUUUCUUUGUGAAAAUUGUAAAGGUGAACUUGUGGCAGAAAGUGACAAGUUUGCUGCUCAGGAAGUAGGAGACGCAGAUGAUAAUGUGAGGAGGCGCCGCCGUGAAAAGCUAAGAGAAAUGCUUCAGAAAUUGGAGGAGCAGCUCAAGCCUUUAGUUGAACAACUCAAUAGAGUUAAAGAUUUGCCAGUUCCUGAUUUUGGAACUCUACAAGCUUGGGAAGUUAGAGCUAGUGCUGCUGCACGUGCUGCAGCCGGAGACAAUCCCAAUGAUCCCUCUAGAUCAUAUCAAAGUGGCACACCAAUGCCCUUUCUUGGUGAUCCAAAGAUUGAUGUUGCAAUUAGUGGUGUGGAAGAUAAGGAAGACUCUAAAGCUGGCAGUGGAAGUACCCCCAUGAAAGUUCUUCCUCCAUGGAUGAUCAAACAAGGUAUGAAACUAACAAAGGAGCAGCGUGGUGAGGUGAAAGAGGAUACUAAGACAGAGAUCACUUCAGAUUCCUCUGCAUUAUCAGAUGACAAGAAAUCAACUGUUACAAAGGAUGAAAAGAGCUUUCAGGAUGAGUAUUUCAAAGCUUAUUAUGCUGCUUUGCUGGAACGGCAACGGGAAGAAGAUGCCAAGAGACAGCAGGAUCUGUCUAAUAUAGAUAUUUCUGAUCAACACACAUCUUCAGAUCGCCAAGUUGGGAUGAAAUCAAAACGUGAGGAUGAAAUUGAAGAUGAGGAUGUGUGGGAAGAAGCUACUCCUUCAGCAGGGAAUCCUGGGGAAAGCUAUAAGGUGGCUGACUUGAAUAUUCAAGCUAAUGAUCCUGCAGAGGAGGAUAAUGAUGAUGAUGAUGAUGAUGAUGAUGAUGAUGUCGAAUGGGAAGAUGGUUAAUUCUCUAAGUCGUGAGUUUUGUCAGACACUAGUGAAGCCUUGGUUUUAGAUUCAACAUAGCAUUGAUACAAUCUUGAUUUGGGACAAUGGUUUGUCAAUUUGCGAAGAUGGUGAAAUCGUUGGGAGGUUGAAUUCUGCACUCGAGCUAUGUUUAUUCAUGUCUACUUCUCAAACAGAAGACAAGCAGGAAAUAUAGAUAGAUAUUUCAUAUUUACUAAUCACCACCCUGCUGUAGAAUAUGUUUGUUUAUGGGUGAGUUGUAAACUUCUAACCAUAAGAAAUGGCCCAAAAAAAAUCAACAAAAAGAGAGCACAAAUUGUUAUACUCCCUUCGAUUCAAUUAACUUGUACUAUUUUUCUUAUUGGGUAAAUUCAUUCUAUUUGUCCCAUUUUCUUUUUUGUCAUUAAUUUUUUACUUAAA